ACCGUCAGACGGACGGUUAUGACUGGAGUAGUCUUCUGCUUUGGCUGCCUGUAGCCAACGCUCUCGGCUUAUGCGCGCUAUUAGAGAAACACCAAUAUGUCAGAUUCUUCUUCCGAGGAAUACAGCAACUCGCCGGUGAUGGACCGAAACCCUUCGCCUCCUCCUGAAAACGAGGAAACAGAGCCUACAGAUGAAGUGGACGCCAUCGGAGCAACGGUGUACAGUAAACACUGGCUCUUCAGCACGCUGACCCGACUCAUACAGGCUAUAACAGAGCAGAACUCAGGAAAUGGUGAAGGCCUGAGUGAGCUGUCAAAUGAGCAAGAAGAUGAGCUGUGUAAAGUCUGGGACAUGGCCAUGGAUCAGGAUGUUGCUGGAUUCCUCCAGGAGUUUAAAGCUGCUGAAAUCCUGUUGGGAGUGAUUGCUAAAUCUCGAUGUCCACGGCUCACCGAGAUAUGUGUGGGCAUUCUUGGUAAUAUGGCCUGUUUCCAUGACACCUGUUUGGAUCUCAGUCAGAAUGAAGAUCUAGGAGCAGUACUUUUGCUUCUCCUUGGAGAUACAGACCCCCCUACUUUGUUGGAGACCUGCAGGCUUCUGCUGACCUGCAUGUCCCAGGCCGACGUGUCCUCCCUGUGGCUGGAGAGGAUCAGCCAGCAGCCCUCCGUCUCCCCCAGCCUCUGCUUCAUCAUGAGCAGCUCCACCAGUGUGGAUCUCCUGGUAAAGGUGGGGGAGCUGGUGGAUAAGCUCUUUGAUGAGGACGAGGAGCUGAUGAAGAGCUGGGUGUCCAGCGGCGGUUGUCUUGGCGAUAAAAAUGAGGGCGACUGUAAUGGGGAUGAGCCUCGGCCAGACGUAACAACCUCUCUGCUGGAGGCUGCCAAGCAGCUUAGGUCCGAGAGCUCUGAGGGCCUGGAGGUCUACCUGCAUGCCAUUCAGCUCCUCACCACCGUACAUGUUGGCAUACAGGCCAUGGUGUGUGAGGAUGGCCCUGGCGGUGCCGUGUGGGCGUUCCUGUGUGCGGUGGUAUGUGAAGACCUGUGCCAACCGGAUGACCCCGCCCUCAGCCUGCAGGAGCAGAAGGGUCUGUUAGGUCCCGCCUUGGCCGUGCUCUCCGCCCUCUACGCAUGCCAGGGCCAGCACUUCACAGCAGACAUCAAUAUGAAUUUGGUGGGUAGUGCUCUGCGUGUGUUGCAAUACCAUCGAGAGAACCAGCUGAACCGCGGGCAGGAAGGGCACUCAGGCCCUGACCACCAACAGAGUCAGGAGGAAGAGGUGGGCCGUGGAGAGGAGGAUGAACAGCUGACAGCCUUGGUGGAGUGUACAUGUGAACUACUAGCCAGCAUCCUUGUUGUCAUGUCCAGGGAUGAAGUAUCAGAGUUAAUAAAGAACCGAUUGCUAACUGAAAAAAACUGCUUGUCUGCAACCAAAGCCCUCCUCCCACAACACACUGCUGCGGUGCAGCACCUUGUGGGGGUCCUGUCAGAUGUGGAGCCCAAACUGGCAGACUCUGUGAGAAAGGAGGUCCCCUCUUUGAAAGCCCAGAGUUAAGGUCUACACCAGGCCUGUCCAAGAUGACACACACACACAUACACAUACACACACUCACAAACACAUCAUAUGUCCUGUAUACUUUUUUUUUUGUCCCAUUGAUUCAUGAACUUACUCAUUCAUGGACUGCAUUGAACUGGCCUGCAAGUCAGCAUCUAUGGACUAGAUUUCACACAUCCCUGAUUGUCUCUGAAUUUGUAUUUUUUGUAGAAGACAAAAAUAUUUGUUUAAAUAAAAAUAUUUUCCUUUUUGUAA